CAUCUAAAACACCUUGUUGCAUACAUUCACUGUUCCAUUGCCUUUUGUUCAUCCUUCACAACCUCGACAAGGCAAAAAAACAGAAAGAAAUGGAGAGAGUGUUCCAAUUGGCGGCGGAGAGGCCGGUGGUGAUGUUCAGCAAGAGCAGCUGCUGCAUGUGCCACACCAUCAAGACCUUGUUCUCCGAUUUCGGGGCCAACACCACGGUCUACGAGCUCGACGAGAUCUCAGGUGGCAGGGAGAUGGAGCAGGCACUGGCUCGACACGUCGGCGCCGGCAGUGACUUCCCCGUGGUGUUCAUCGGCGGGAAGCUCGUCGGUGGUGCCAAUGAGAUCAUGACCCUCCAUCUCAACGGUUCUUUGUCUGCCAUGCUCAAACGAGCUGGUGCGCUGUGGCUCUGAUCAUCAUAUCGUUCGUUGAUGAGAUGGGUCAAGUUUUGGCUAACUUUACUAUGUAUAACGGAGUCUUUCCUUUUUAACCUCGGUUUUGGCUAAGUAUAAGAGGGUACUAAAAAUGUAUACUUAUGUUUGUAUGCAUCGGGAUCUCAUGAUAUUAGGCUUAAUUUGCUCUACUUUAUAAUGUAAUGCCUAAUGUUAGAUCUCCCACUUUUUGUAAUAUCUGAUCUAUGUACACUCUACAACCAAUUAUAAUAAAGUAUGGUGAGAGGUUUAUGUUCUAUCUAGCAUAUUAUUCAAUUGGUCUUCACACGAUUCAAAUAGCUAUAACUAGUUAAGCAUCAUUCAAACUGGGUACUAACAUAUAUAAUGGAGUAAAGUUGUUUCAUGGUU